AUGGUGGGCAGGGUGGCGCGGGUGUGCCAGGCCUGGCGCCUUAUGUCGCUCGACCGCGCCCUCUGGCUUGCCCACUGCCGCGCCCUCUUCGGCGCCGCCGCUAAGUCCGCCCGGUUGGGUCGCGCAGCCGCCGACCAUCGGGCGCGUUGCAUUCCCGUGGUGCGGUGGCUGGACCAGUGGGACCGCCGCUACGCACAGGCCGCGGAGGCGGCUGCAUCGAGCGGCGAUGACUCCCCAGAGCGGCGGCUCGAGCGAGUCGAGGCGCUCAACGACGAAAAGCUGUGCUGGGCCUGCGAACGCGGACUGGCCGGCCUCGUCCCCGCUCUCUUGGCCCGUCGAGACCCGAGGUACAACAGUGAGUCGCCCAACCCGCUGCUGGCCGCCAUCGUGGCGGGCCACACCGAAGUGGUUGAGUGCUUCUUCCACCAGUUCACCGACGCCGGCGCGGAGUCGUGGACGGUGUUCAUCGACAGCGACCGGGUGCUGCAGGUGGCGCUCGACCUGGCGGUGUGGAACGGACGCACGGAGAUCGCCUCGCGCCUGCUCUUUCUCUGGGACCAGAAGAACUUCACCCCGCGCAUGCUCCUGGGCCACGCGGUCAUGCGCGAGCAAACGGUGCCCAGCCGCAUCAUGGCAAGCGCCGCGAAGACGGGAAUCGAGGAGCUCGUGGCCCUGCUGCUCCUCAGCGGCAAAUGCAGCCCAGACGCACUGCAAAUUGGCUGUCACGCGGCCGUGCUCUCCGGCAAUGAGCGGGUGGUGGACCUGUUCAUACGGUUCGGCCUCGACAUCAACUCGGCCACUCCCUUGUCCGCCGCCGCCACCGUCGCCAUGGCCCAGUACCUCCUCGACCAAGGCGCUGACCCGAACCAUGGAUGUCCGUUGGCCGACGCUGCGCGCGGCUACCGAACGGCGGUGGCCCGGGUGCUGCUGCGCCACGGGGCGGAGCCCAACUCGCUCGACGCCGGCGGCUACGCGCCUUUGCAUCGCGCCGUGUGUCGUGAAAGCGUGGAGAUGGUGGAGCUCCUGUUGGCCCACGGCGCCGAUCCUGGCCUGCGCACGAGAGACGGCAAGAGCGCCCUGUGGCUGGUGCGCCAGGCCACCGAGUACGACGACAUGUACUCCAACCUCGCCGACCUCGCCUACAUCGAGCGUGCGCUGCUCGCCCGCCUUGCUUCCACCUGA